ACAGCUUUACUGUCUGUUUCUUUAUAGUGUACAGGCAUCGGCCAGUUAAUUUUUUUUGCUUAUCAAUUUCAAAGGAAGACAUUUUGCACACACUGGGAGACCACAAUGAGGUUUGAGGACAUUCUUGAUGAUAUUAAUGGCUUUGGACGAUUUCAGGUGAUGAUCAUUGUGAUCAGCUUCAUUGGCCGCUUCACAUUGCCCUGCCACUUCAUGCUGAACAACUUCAUAGCAGCUGUUCCCUCUCACCACUGCGACAUCAGCUCUCUGGAUGAUGGAGGAGCUUUUAGGAACUUGUCCCAGGCAGAGAGGCUGGUUGUUAGUAUCCCAGUCCAGGAGGAUGGGACUCCAGACUCCUGUCAGAUGUUUGCAGAGCUUCAGUAUCAUCUGCUGCUCAAUUCCUCCAACAUCACUGAUCUACAGACUGUGCCAUGCCAGACUGGAUGGGUGUAUGAUUACUCCCUUUUCAAGUCUACACUGACUUCAGAGUGGGACCUGGUGUGUGACAGAAGAGGGAAAAACAAAGCAACUGCCACCAUCUUCUUUGUUGGAGUGAUGUUUGGAGCCAUGUCCUUUGGAAGUCUGAGCGACAGGUAUGGCCGAAGGAUCAUGCUGUUGGUGUCGUACCUGUCUGGAAUGCUUUUCGCUGUUGCUAGUGCUUUCUCAACAACCUAUGUGAUGUUUGCGGUGCUGAGGUUCUUCACCGGGUUUUGUAUCACUGGCAUCGUCAUUGUCUCAGCAGUCCUCAGCGUGGAGUGGGUGGACAUAAAGCACAGGAAACUAGUGGGAGUAAUUGACAGCCUAUCCUGGACAUUUGGGAACACAGUAUUUGCAGUUAUUGCUUACUUUGUGACUGACUGGCGGUGGCUUAUUGUUAGUGUCACCUCCCCUCUGAUCUUGGCCAUCAUCAUGUGGAGGUGGAUGCCAGAGUCGGCAAGGUGGCUCAUUGCCAAUGGAAAGUUCGAGCAAGCUCAGAUGUAUUUGAAGAAAUGCGCCAAGAUGAACCAAACAGAGAAGUUAAUUGACACAAUUACAACAGAGACACUGUCAAACAUUGUUUUGACCGAGAAAAGAGAUCGGACCUAUUCCUACCUCGAUCUGUUGAGAACACCCAAAAUGAGAAAACUGGCCUUUACCACUGGUACAGUUUGGUUUUGUGUGGCAACUACAUUUUACGGCAUCAGCUUCAACAUCACAGGCUUCGGGCUCAGCAUCCAUCUUACUCAGUUUACCUAUGCUUUAAUUGAGCUUCCAGCCAAGAUAUCGCUUUACUACUUACUGGAUAAGACAGGCAGACGAUCCACUGAGGUGGGAGCUCUGCUGUUGGCCGCCGCCUGCCUUGGGAUCAACAUCGUAGUACCGAAAGAUAUGUCUGUUGUCAGAACAGUGGUGGCGGUCAUUGGAAAAGGGUUUUCUUCGGCAUCCUUUGCAACAAUUGUGCUCUACAGUUCUGAGCUCUAUCCCACUGUAGUAAGGCAGAACGGUAUGGGCUACAACUCCUUCAUGGCUCGACUUGGCGUAGCCGUGGCUCCUCUGAUCCUCUUACUGGACGAGGUGUGGAAGGACCUGCCCCAGGUUGUCCUGUGCUCUGCAGCUGUACUGGGGGGAAUAGCGGCAAGAACGCUGUCAGAGACACGCAACCGGUGCCUGCCAGAGACCAUUGAGGAUAUUGAACAGCAGUGGUAGUGAACGCAGUCACUGGCAUCGGUGCAUAUUCAGACAUCUAAUUGUUUUAGUAGUUCAGUUAAUAUAUACUAGCAGAAUUAUGUGAAUUUUGUGGACACUGUGAACACUGUUCAUAGUACU